AUGAGUGACGGCCAUGGCAGCGACGAUGAAAGCACCAAAAGCUCUGUGACAACGGCCGUGAACACGGCCGUUGAGCCCAAUGAUAGUUUGCUCUUAUUCUUUAUACAGGUAGGGGUUGGGUUUGGGGUGUUUUUUGGAGGUUUUUUGGGCUUUCUAAUGCCUUUUUUUUAAUUUUUUUAAUUUUAAAAUAUGUCUUAAUAUAUUUUACAACAAUUACAAUAUCCUAAAGGCUACAAAAUGACAACAAAUUUACAAAAACUUAAUUUUUCUUCAAAUUUUGAUCAAUUUUUGGCCAAAAAGUAGGCACCUUAUUGACAUUUUGUAACAUAACUUGUUUCAAAAUAGAGCUAGAACCCUGCAAUUUCAGGUAAUACAAGUUAAUUCAAUUCUUUAUCAUUCAAAACAAAGGUAUUUUUUAAAUUUAUGGUAUUUUAGAGGUUACAGUGAUUUUACCAUAACCUAAUUAAUUUUCAAAAUUUUUUAAAAAUCUCGGACAUUAUUGAGAAAAAUUUAAAAUUCUAAAAGAUAGUUUUUAAAAAGAAGCCAAAGUUGUGCUUAUUGGUCAAAUUUCAGGUUUAUAUCAGUUGUUUUGACCAAGUUACAUUGAUUUGAAAAAGUCAAAAAACCAAAAAAGUUCGAAUCCGCUUUGACUUUCCAGCUUAUUUUUGGCUUUUUAUGUCAUUUUUAAUGAUACCAUCUUCUCAAAAAUUGAAAAUAUAACAUCUUUAAAUCUCAGGAUUACUGUAAUUUCAUUUUUUUCUUUCAGACCACCCCCGCUUUGCUCCUAGCCGGCUGUAACACUUUAUUCUCCGGUUGGCUCUAUGACCGCGCCGAAGCCAGUCCCUUCUACGAUCGAAUCCAUGAAGCCUUCAUUCUCACUCCACCCAUCCUCGGCUUGAAAGGCAACAUCGAGAUGACGUUGGUGUCACGCCUAUCAACCUUCUCGCAUCAUACUGGCUUCAACAAGAGCUGGUGGGAAUGGCUCAAGUCGCUAGCCAUUAACCUGACCUUGAUCUGGACCCAAAGCUUCGUACUGACAUUGUUCGCUAGUGUGAUAACAUUGAUCAUGUUGGUGUAUAGAGCGCACAAAGACGUGGACAUUUAUUCGUACUGUAUCAUGCUGUUGAGUACGGCUAUCACGGCGACAACGUUGGCUUCGGCACUGUUGGGGACGUUGAUGUGCUUUUUGGUAUGGUUGUCAGUGCAGAUCAAUGUGGAUCCGGAUAAUGUGGCUACACCGUUGUCCGCUUCUACUAGUGAUGUGGUCACAUUGGCGUUGUUUGUAAGUUUUUCAUUUUUAAAAGAUUUUAUAGUAGAAACUAGUCAGGGUAACGUAGGGUAGGGUACAAUAGAUUACGGUAGUUUAUGGUAGGUAGGGUACGAUAGAGUAAAAUUGGCUAAGAAGAUUAUAGUUACAGUAAGAAUUAGACAGGGAUGGGCUACAGUAAGCCUAGGAUUAGGCAACAGUAAAAAGGUUAAGGUAGGGCUUACUGUAACAGAGGAAAAGUGUCUAUAGGACAAGUCAAGUAGGGUAGGGUAGGGUAGCGUAGGGGUAGAGUAGAGUAGGGUAGGGUAGGGUACGGUACGGUACGAUAUCAAAUUUUAAUUUUAAAAUUUUCAGAUAUACAUUGGCGAAAGUCAAUUAAAAAUUACGGAAACACCAGUUUAUCUAGUCAACUUGAUGCCUAUAGUAAUAAACAUUUUAAUAGUACCCUUCUUCGCUUAUGUAUCGUACGUUCAUGAAGACACUCGACCAACACUGAUCUCAGGAUGGGGAAUACUGAUACUGGCUGUUAUGUUAAGUGGGUAUGUCUUCUUUUAGAUUUCUAUUGAAGUACUUUAUUUGUCAUUACAUAGUACAGAUAAUAAUUUAUGCUUCUUAUUACGAAUAACAUUAUAUUGUUUUAGGUUAGGUGGCUAUAUUCUAGAACAGUGUGAGACGGCGUUCCCAAACUCUUCAACCUUUCAUCCAUUACUUUCUGGUAAGAAUUUUUCAUUUUUUAAUGUUACAUUUAAUUUUUGAGUUAUAGUGUUCGUCUGGUGACAUGUUAUACGAUGAAACGUGUCUAGUAUUAUACAUAUUACAUCGUAUAACAUGUCUCUUUUUUGCAAUUUUGAUAAAAUUGGUUUGAGAUUUACUAGUACAAGGUAUUGAAGGUACAAUUUAGCAUUUUCACCUUUAGUGUCAUGUUAUACGAUGAAAUAUGUCCAAAAACAUGUUUCAUCGUGUAAUAUGUCACUUUUUAAAAUUUUUUUCAAUUUUUGCAAAAAAUGUUUUAGGAUUGGUUAGUAAUUAGCUAUUAGUAACCAAAUUUAUCAAUUUUACCUUUAGUUCCAUGUUAUACGAUAAAAUAUGUCCGAAACAUGUUUCAUCGUAUAACAUGUCACUUUCCAAAUUUCCGAAAAAAUUUUUACAAAUAAUAUUAUGAAUUUUCUUAUACUUACUAAAAACUUUAUUUUAAGGGCUGUGUGGAAACAGAGCUUCAAUAAUGUGCAGUCGACUCAGCACCAAGUACAAUAUGACAGAUGGAGAGCAACGGAAGCUGACUCAGAAAGCUUUGGCAGACUAUGCAGUCCAGUUACUGUGUAUGGAUGUCAAGGUAUGUUUUUUGUCAUUAUAAGUUUAAUUUUUACCAUAUGGUACAGUUGGGACCAAUUUUUGAGGUGUUUUAGGGCUGGAAAGAAAGUUAUUGCGGUUUUUAAAAAUUUGCAAAUUUCUUUGAAAUUUGAUACUUUGAUACUUAAAAUAACAAAUAGUAUGUGAUAAAACUUUGAUUACGCCCUCGAUUUUAGAUGCGGACUCAAAAUGUGGUGUACUACUGAUCGUAUGUUCGGUACCAUUACAAGUGGUAUUCGCCGUUGUACUAUGCUUGAUCUACCAGGAUGGUAGUACAAAUUUUAGUCUUAUUAGUGUACUGGUAGUGAGUUCUUUGGCUCAGGUAGGUUUUAUAUUUUUAGCCCCUCCCCCCCCCCUUUCUUACCCUGCCCUGCCCGUGUCUUGCCUUGUCUUGCCUAGCCUUGCCUUGCCUUGCCCUGCCCUGCAAUGCCCUGCCCUGCCCUGCUUUUCCUUGCCUUGUCCUGAUUUGUCUUGCUCUAUUAUGCCCGGCUGUGCGCUUUUAUUCCUUGACCUGCCCUGCUCUACCCAUCCCUUUUCCUACCCCCUAUCUCCACCCAACCAAAACUUUUUUAGCAUACUGUAGCCGUACGGUAUUUACUUUCCCAACUUUUAGGUAACAUUUCUCAUAUUCCUAUCGCACUGCCUGGUAGCACUAGUCGCGCGCUUCAACAUGGACCCGGAUAACUGCUCGAUUCCCGUGAUAACAUCAUUCGCCGACCUGACUGGAGCUGGUCUACUGUACUUGGUAUUCCUCAUCGCCGGAAAAUUGUGUCCAUACGCGUUGAAACAUGACCAUUAA